AUGUCAGCCCGGAAUCCAGAACCUCCAAGUGCACAGUCUGAUGGCUCAGAGCAACCACACCAUCUGCCCUCACGAGGAAGGCUAGCUGUGAGGCAGAGAGAAGACUCACAGGACCAGACGAGCGCCAAACGAAAGCGCACCGACAUGGCUUCGCGAGACCGAGACUCUACACCAGGUUCUACAAUGGAUGAUGAUGAUCUGGACGAUGUGUAUGAUCCGGAUCAGCCUCUGGAAGAGAGACGGAAGGUCCAGCAGGGAUUCCGCGAUCUCCUCCGUGACAUUACAGAGAACAGCGAGGAAUAUCUGCAGGGUGAUUCUCACGGCCUCCACGAGACCAUCUUACGAGCCAACGAACUGUCCAAGCAAGUACGACAAACUACAGAAGCAACCAUUGAUUCACGGCUGCUUGUCAGUACGACCGACCUGUCAUAUCGGAAAACACUACGCCUUACUCAAGGCAGCCUAUCACAGGGGCUUGACGUUGAUGACUUCAUCUCCAAAUGCAUCACAUAUAUGCGAAAUGGUGGGGGGAUUACGAGCGAUCAAUCUCUGGAGCUUUCAAGCACCCAGAGGCAGCGGAGGCGGACCAUACACGAUAGAUCAAACGAUAAUGAUAAUGACGAUGUGGGGGACGAGGGAGACAUGAUGAAUUGGGCUCAUCUCGGCCGUUUUGCUUGCUUGCCAUACAUUAGACGACCUGCGCUGCCCGGCUUCCUUCUAGGUCCGCUAUCGGUGGAAAAGAAGGCACGCAAGGCAGCAAAGCGAAAUGCCCCGUUUCGCCCAAAUAGUUUAACGGAGACGAGGCCUGAAAUUCUCAACGUGGAUGACCUGGCCAAGAAGGAAAACGACCUUACCCAAACAGUGGCAGACUUAAUCACAGACGACAUGGAUGACGAGGAAACUACUCGGAUUAUGCACCAGCAUGGGCUUCGAAGUACAGGAGGAAUCGACCUAAUGCGAUUCGUGGUUAACCCAAAGUCUUUUGGACAGACUAUCGAGAAUUUGUUCUACGUGAGCUUUCUAAUCCGUGAUGGGAGGGUAGAGAUUGAUUUCGAUGAACAUGGUCUCCCCGCGUUAGCACCAGUAGACCGAGAGAGCGAUGACACCGCCGCUAUUCGCCAGGCAACAUCUAAGCAUCAAGCUAUUUUAUCUAUGGAUAUGGAAACAUGGCGAGACAUAAUCGACACAAUGGGCAUCAAAGAGCCCAUGAUUGAACACCGACCCGAACUAACGGUUUCCGGCCCAGGAGCCAGGGGCUGGUAUGGCUAA